AUGGAGGUGGUCCAAGCUCCUCACGAUUCCGCCAACCUCGCCCGCACUUGCGCGAAAGGAACUCGCGAACUUGCCCUACGUCAAGUCACUGAGUCCGACGAGCUCUCACCACCUCUUCAUCCUGUACACAACAUCUAUCCGAUGGCGUCUAUCGCAUUCUGCCGCUCAACAAGAGCUGGCAUUCCUCAAUGGGGCUCCAAGGUUUUCCGACCUUCCCUGCUCACCCGCCGAAACUUCUCAUCCUAUCUUGUUACUCCGACAGAGCUUCACGAAGCCCUCAAGAAGAACCCUCCGUCGCCGAUCAGCACCGAUCCUCGAGUAAUUCCCCUCUGCGCAUCAUGGUUUCUCCCCAACGAUGGCCGAUCCGGUAUCCAAACGUUUCGCGAACAGAGAAUUCCCAAGGCCCGGUUCUUUGACCUAGAUAAGGUCAUUGACAAGCGCAGUCCCUAUCCUCACAUGCUUCCUAACCCCAAAGGCUUUGCUGCUGCCAUGAGCGAAUUGGGUAUCCGAAAGGAGGACAUUGUGGUGGUGUACGACAGCAAGGAGCUUGGUAUUUUCAGCGCACCGCGUGUGGGUUGGACCAUGAAGGUUUUUGGCCAUGACAAGGUCCAUGUACUAAACAACUUCAAGCUUUGGGUGGAUCAGGGCCUGCCCACCGAGUCGGGAGAACUCUACAGUAUCGAGUGCUAUCCUUAUCAAAUUCCUGAGAUGGAGGAGAACCGUGUCGCGAGCUUUGAGCAGGUUAAGGAAGUCGCACAAGACCACAACAAGGAGGGCGCUGAGGGCAUUCAAAUUCUCGAUGCCCGACCCCAUGGACGUUUCACUGGUGAAUCCCCUGAGCCUCGCGAGGGUCUUUCUUCUGGUCAUAUUCCUGCUUCUAUCAACAUCCCCUUCAGCUCUGUUCUCGAUCCUGAAACCAAGGCUUUCCUCCCCAAGGACCAACUCAAGAAGCUGUUUGGGGAGAAGGGUGUCGACCCUCAAAAACCUAUCAUCUCAAGUUGUGGUACUGGUGUGACUGCCUGUGUUAUUGAUACUGCCCUUGAGGAGGCUGGCGUUGGUUCCCCUGAGUCCAGGAGGGUCUACGAUGGCAGUUGGACUGAGUGGGCUCAACGGGUACAGCCUUCAGAAAACUUGAUUGUCAAGACAACGAAGGAGUAA